GGAGGAUACGACCUUGGGGAAACGGAUUUGGAUAAUCUUUGACGCAGUGAUAGUACACCAUGUGGGUAUACUACCUCUGAAAUACUAAAGUGCAAUACUCAAAAAUGGCUGAGAAAAACGCACUCAAAGUUUACUCAGCACUAUAAUAUAUUAAUAGGUAAAUAAUUGAUACAUUUAAUUAUUCUUUAAUAAAAUAUUUUUUUAUUUUCAACUUCAUUUCUAUAAAUUAUCUACGGUGUAUAUCAUGAGAUAUUUGUAAUUCAUGAAUAAUUCUUAUAACUCUCAUAUUCAUUAUAAGUUUAACUGAAAAAUAUAUACCUGCGCCAGACAAUAAGAAGGGCCGAAUAUGGUAUGAGGGUACAAUAAUUCUUGUCCUCGAGUUAUUGUAAACUGUACAUCGAUUCGAGCUCUGUUGGCCCACCGGAAGAAUAGUCAUGUUGUUGUCCUUGAACCUAUGUUAGUCCCACCACUUUUUUCAGAAGCUUGACUAUAGCAGUUAGUUUCUGAAUUUCGACACGAACAGACGUAUUUGUGCAGUGAAAUUUACUUUAAAAAUUGUUUUAUAAUUUAUAAAAUGUCAUCAAGCGAAGCCAGUUCUUCUCAUGGAGAUGAAAACACUCCUGAUACAUCCUUACAUAGUGAUUUAUCGAAGCAACGGCUAAAAGAUGGAGUAGUGUAUUAUGAAGGUUUACUUCUUGAAAGUGAUUUAAUUGCAAAAACAUCUUCUGACACUCUAUCUGAAGAUGCUAUGUUGAUUGGUAGAGAAUUAUAUGAUAAUACGUUAGAUAUGUUAAAUAAAAAGAAGUUCGUAAGCGAUCAAGAAUUGAUUCAUGCUCAAGAAGAAUGCCCAGACGGAAAUUUUGAAGCAGUAGAAGAUAAUUCAGUUGAUGACUAUGUUCCAGAUGAAAAAAAAAAACAAAAAAUGAUGGAUUAUAUUCCUCUGGAAUAUAAAAUUAAAGUUUUAAACAUAGCAAAAGCUCACCCUUCAUGGAAACUAGAGACAUUACAAAAAAAUGGAUGUAGUCAUUUGAAGAGAAUGGAUCAUUUGAAAGUAUGGGAAAAAGAUGUUGAACAUGGUGGAACUAAAUUUGAUAAAUAUCAUGUGAUUGAUUCUUGGACGUAUGACCGCUUCGUCGAGGCAAGACAAAAUUAUCAACAAGCGACUACACGAAAUUUGCAGCAAUGGGCUUUAGCUGCAGCCAGCCAGUUUCCUAAUCUUCAAUUUACAGCGUCCGACCCAUGGGUAAAAAAAUUUAAACAAAGACACAACAUUCGUCAACGCAAAAUUACAAAAUUUGUAACAGACAAAGAAGUUCACACCAUGCCAGAAAUUAUCGCCUCUGCAGAAAUGUUUCGCAUUCAAAAAAAACAAUUGAUAUCUAACUUCGAUAGUGACUUCGUUAUUAAUACAGAUCAAACAGGAUGUCAAUACCAAUCAAUGUUUAAUAGGACACUGACGGAAAAAGGAAGCAAAACAGUGUUUGCAAAAGUACAAGACAUGACCAAGGUGUCACACUCAUAUACUGCACAAUAUACCAUAACAUUAUCUGGAAAAUUACUACCACAUGUUUUUAUUUGUUUGCAAGAGCCUACAGGUGAUUUUGGGCCAAGAAUAAAGAAAAACGUAGAAGAAUAUUUAAAAAAAUACAACAAUGUUAUUGUCACAUCAUCAAAAUCAGGAAAACUGACAACUACUCUCUAUAAAAAUUUUCUAGAGAAAUGUUUAAUGCCAUAUGUUCAAAAAAAUAAAUUUCCUUUAAUUAUUGACUCGUGGACAGGACAAGUGAAGCCAGAAUUAUAUGAUGAAAUAUUUCAGGAUGAUAAAAAAAUGCCUACAUGCACAUUUAAAGUUAUACCUCCAAAAUGUACUCCGUUAGUUCAACCAUGUGAUGUCUAUUUCUAUAGACAAGUGAAAAAUUUUAUCAAACGAUUGCAAAGUACCGCUGAACUUCUAGACAAGAAUUAUGAAAUUCAUUCCCGAGAGGAUUGCAUAAAAAUUCAUUCGAUUAUUCAUCACCAAUUGUCAACGCCAAUAUUUCGAGACAUGAUGGAAUAUGCCUGGUUCGCCAGCGGGCUUUGUGACACAAGAAAUUUUUUUACUAAUGUCAAUGAUGGGUGUUUCUCAUUAGACCGUUUAAAAAUACCGUGUCAUUGUAAAAAGCAGCAUUUAUUUGUUGUUCUUGGUGUAGAAAAAACUUUUUGUUUUGAAUGUUUUUAUCAUAAGUAUCACUCAGGAUCAUGUAAUAAUAUCUCAUAA